AUGGCCAUAAAGGAACUGACAGUAUUUGUGGUGUUUUCUUGGAUUGUCUGUACUACUGGACAUGACAUCAUCUCAUCAAUAGAAAAAGUUGCACAGCUUUUCGAGGAGGAGAAAGACCUUCUGGAAAGCUUCAGGUUCUACAUUGAUGCUGAAGAAAAGAAUGUAGAGAGAAUGAAGAGUGCUCUUCUGGCUCUUCAACAAUACACAAACUCUGACCCUGAGAACCCUGAGAAAACCCUGAGAGACCCUGUGGCAGCUUAUAAACUCCUCAGAAGAGUGCUAACUGAAUGGUUGACUAUUGUUGAAUACACUCAACAGAGUCUUUAUGAGAAGUUUCAGAAACUGCUGGCAUUUGCAGAUAUCCCAGAGCUGGAGGACGUGGAUGGUGCAGCUUCAGAACUGAUCAGACUGCAAGAGUUCUACAAACUCUACCCACACAACAUCACAAAGGAAACAUCUCUAGAUGCAGACGAAGCCUACCAUAUAGGGUCGGUCGCUUAUGAUGAGGAAAAAUUCCAGCAUGCCUUUCUCUGGUUUUUAUACAGUCUGGAAAGAAUAACAGAAUCCUCAACCACUACUGAGGAAAAGUUGUUCCAUUACCUUAAUUUCUCAGCCUAUCAUUUUGGCAAUACUGACAUAUUCACUCUGAACACAACGUCAAAUAACUCCUAUGAGGCACUGUGCAGAGGACAGACUGAUGAGAGAACCUCCAAGAGGCAGAGGGCGCUGUCCUGUAGGUACAGCACAGGUGGAGGAAACCCCAGACUGAUGUACGCACCAGUGAAAGAGGAAGUGGAGUGGGACGAACCUCGAAUCAUCAGAUAUCAUGACAUUAUAUCAGACAGAGAGAUAGAGAUCCUGAAGAAUAUCUCCAGACCUCAACUUUCUAGGUCCGAGACUAACCAAGGAAUUUCAAACUACCGUGGUUCUCAAAGUGUUUUUCUGGAGGAAGACAGCACUGUGCUUUCUCGUAUCAGUCAGAAUAUUGCAGACAUCACAGGACUCUCCAUGGAAUCAGCUGAAAGUCUACAUGUUCAGAAUUAUGGGAUUGGUGGCAGAUUUGGACCACAUUAUGACACAUGGGAUGAUGAGAAUGGAAGGACUGCUACAUUCUUAAUUUAUAUGAGUGAUGUGGAGACAGGGGGCGCCACUGUGUUUCCUGAAGUUGGAGUUGCAUUGAAGCCAAAAAAGGGUUCAGCAGUGUUUUGGUACAACCUCCUAAAGAAUGGCGAACUGGAUUGGGAAUCACAACAUGCUGGAUGCCCUGUGUUAAUGGAUAACAAAUGGGUGGCUACUAAAUGGAUCCAUGAGUUUGGACAGGAGUUCAGGAGACCCUGUUCUUUGUCAGACUGGGAGUGAAAACACUGUGACCAUUUAGAAAUAAUAUGAAGUUUAUCUGUACUAUAGAAGUAUUUGUACUCUAUCUGUUAUAUGUAUUAUGUGUUAUAAGUUUUUAUACUGUAGAUCUGUAACAUACUGUAGAUAUAUAUUGUAUUAAAUUUUAUUGUGAUUUAUUACUGUCUAGGUGGCAGUAAUGUUAAAAAUAACUGUAAUAUACAAUAAAAGAAGGGCAAUAGAGUAAAAACAUGAAGUUUCAGCAAGAUAUCAAUGGAUAAUCACAUUACCUAAACUGAUCAAUAGCAGCCAGCAAGUGCGUUAUUCCUGUAUAUGAGACGCAGUUCUCUGCAGUUGUAUUUAAAACUUAAUUAUACAUGUUUCCUCUUCAGUCUGUGCUGGAAUGACGAUUCACAUGUUUUACAAGUUUUGUGGUAUGUGUAGUUGUGGCAUGUGUUGUGCUGUAAGACUGGUGGGUAGUAUGUAUAUGAAGUCUGAAACUGGAUUAUCUACAGUAGGUACAGCCUCACAUGCAGAGAACAGGACUGUCAAUAUACCUCAACUCUCACAGCAACACACACAAUAUACUAAUUGAAAAGUAUUUAAAGACUGUAACUAUUAUGAAUAAAUCCUAUUUAAGGA